AUGUCUACAGAACAAGAAAAUGUGCCGAUCGCCAUUAUUGGGAGCGCUUGUCGCUUUGCUGGAGGCGUUACUUGCCCGUCUCAGCUUUGGAACCUCUUGAAAGAGCCUCGAGAUGUUUUAGGCUCUAUACCGGAGAAUCGCUUUCACGCAGAAGGGUUCUAUCAUCCUGACGCGUCAUAUCACGGACACACGAACGUUCUCUCGUCUUACACACUUGACGGGGAUCCUGGAUCGUUCGACACAACAUUUUUUAAGAUCAAGCCUGUGGAGGCAAAGGCUAUUGAUCCUCAACAGCGUGUUCUGCUCGAGGUUGUCUAUGAAGGCCUCGAAAAUGCAGGUCUUUCCAUACACAAUGUGCGAGGUAGUGAUACAGCUGUAUACGUCGGCAUUAUGAGUAGCGACUACGAGAAUAUGCUAGUCCAGGAUGUUGAUGUACUUCCUACCUACCAUUCGACAGGCACUUCACGAGCCAUAGCAGCGAACAGAAUUUCGUACUUUUUCGACUUAAAGGGACCUUCACUCACCUUGGACACUGCGUGUAGCUCUAGCCUUUAUGCGAUUCAUUUAGCCGUCCAAGCAAUCCGUAAUGGGGAUGCUGAAAUGGCUAUUGCUUGCGGGUCCAAUCUAAUUCUGGGACCAAACUUUUACAUCUUUCAGAACAAAUUAAACAUGCUUUCGCCUGACUCAAGAUGCAGGAUGUGGGAUGAAGGAGCCAAUGGAUAUGCCCGCGGUGAAGGAGUUGCGGCAGUUGUUUUGAAAUCGCUGCCAGCAGCAUUGCGAGACGGUGAUCAUAUUGAAGCUAUCAUUCGCGAGACAGGGCUCAACCAAGACGGAGCAACGAAUGGUAUUACCAUGCCCAGUACAUCAGCUCAGACAGAUCUGAUCCGCAAUACCUACUUAAAGGCGGGUCUGGAUCCUUUGACAGACGGUCCACAGUACUUCGAAGCCCACGGAACGGGAACUCAGGCUGGGGAUCCUAUUGAGGCCGAAGCCAUACAGCGGUCCUUGAUUCGCAACUGUGAUAUCCCGUACCCACGACAACGCAACAGUUCUGAUCCUCUCUAUAUAGGCUCUGUCAAAACAGUGCUCGGACAUACCGAGAGCGUUGCAGGGAUAGCAGGUCUCCUAAAGGCAUCUCUAGCCAUUCAACACGGCCUUAUCCCACCGAAUCUUCUCUUCGACCGGUUGAAUCCCAAAGUGGCGCCAUUUUAUAAAGACGUUUGUGUUCCUAUUAGGGCUCUACGUUGGCCUGCGAUACCAGAUGGCCAACCAAGACGAGCAAGCAUUAAUAGUUUCGGAUUUGGUGGAGCUAAUGCCCAUAUUAUCUUGGAAAGCUCCCCGAAUCAAGAUUUGAUGAAAGACGAUGGCGAAAAUGAGACUUAUGGACCAUACGUCUUCUCCGCGCAUUCAGAGCAAGGUCUAGUAAAGAUGCUUAAGAACUACAUCACAUUUCUAGGGAGUGAGCUCUCGGAGUCCGUAUCUGCUCGUGACCUGGCUUGGACACUUCGUUCACGACGGUCGUUGCUGCCUUUCAAGGCCUCGUUUCCUACAGGAAAUCUGGAAAAACUAAAGAGAGACAUCGAGACUCGAUUACAGGAGAAUGCAGAAAAAGCGACUCCGCUGGGUACACUGUCCUUGGUUUCAAGAAGACGGGUUCUAGGCAUCUUUACUGGUCAGGGCGCGCAGUAUAUUCGUAUGGGAUCGCAGCUUUUUGAAAGGUCGUCACUUGCUCGUGAUACUCUCCAGAGACUGGAAGUUUCUCUUGCGAGGCUUCCCGUCGAGGAUCGGCCGACAUGGUCUCUAACUAAGGAACUAAAUGCUGAUGAAGGUUCACGGGUGUACGAAGGCGCGAUAUCGCAACCACUCUGCACAGCGGUACAAAUAGUUUUGGUUAAUUUACUAAGACAGUCGGGAGUUGAGUUCGACGGGGUCAUUGGUCACUCGUCGGGCGAGAUUGCUGCUGCAUAUGCUGGAGGAUACAUCUGCGCAGAAGAUGCCAUUCGCAUUGCGUAUUACCGUGGAAUCCACAUAAAAGCAGCGUGUAGCCCUAAUUCAAAUAAGAUGAGAGGGAUGAUGCUAGCUGUUGGAACUUCAAGAGAUGAUGCAGAGGAGUUAUUGCAAGAGCCUGUGUUUCAUGGUCGAGUGGCAAUAGCAGCAAGCAAUUCCUCAUCUAGCGUCACACUUUCUGGCGACGAGGACGCCAUCGCAGAGCUUGAGACGAUAUUCGAAGACGAAAAGAAAUUCAAUAGACGAUUGAGAACGGACAUUGCUUAUCACUCUGCACAUAUGAUGCCAUGCGCCCAACCGUACAUUCGCUCGCUCGAGAAAUGUAACGGAGAUCCUAUGCUUGAUACUGUAGCAUGCUCAUAUUGGUCCGAUAAUUUAACACAACCUGUUCUCUUUUACGAAGCUAUGCAGAGAGCACUAAAUACAGGAAACUUUGACCUCGUAGUUGAGGUCGGGCCACAUCCAGCCUUACGUGGACCAGCACUGGAAACCAUUACGCAAACUUUGGAAAAACCGUUGCCGUACAUUGGAACGCUGAAGCGAGGAUCGGAUCCAAUCGAAGCAUUCUCAGAUACACUUGCAUUCUUGUGGUCGCAUCAAGAGACAGAAUGUACGAUCGACUUAGACAAGUACGAGGAGACUAUGCAGGAGAGUACGGCAAAGUAUCGGCUGGUCAAGAACUUGCCGACUUAUCCCUGGGAUCACAAUCGAAGACACUGGCAUGAGACACGCCAGACACGAAGGACUCGGCAUCGAGAAGAUCAUGUCCAUGAAUUAUUGGGCCAUAUCUGCCCAACCGUCACAUCAAAUCAAGUCAGUUGGAGACACUUCCUCAGAAUGCGAGAAAUAAACUGGUUAGUAGACCACAAAAUUCAAGACAAACCGGUUUUUCCUGCUGCGGGAUACAUUUCUUCUAUGUUGGAAGCCAGCUGCCGUAUUCCUCAACUCUCAAACGCGGCCAACAGAUCAAAGACAGUCAGCUUAAUUGAGGCAUUUGACUUCACGGUACACCGAGCUAUGGUUCUAGACGAAGUUAGUGACGAUGGGGACCAGGGCGGUAUCGAAAUAGUGAUUGCAAUGAUGGAUAUCGGAGUCGAACAGCAGCAAAACUCAGAAGUGAUCAAAGCUCGUUUCAGCUAUAUGGCAGCAGUAGACAAAGACUCGAACGAGAUGGCUCUUAUGGCUAGCGCCGAUAUCUCUAUCACAUUCAGUGCGACCUCAAGUGCGGUGUUGCCGACGAAGAGCUAUUCGCAGCCAAACAUGGUUAAUGUUGCCUGCGACUCAUUCUUCAGCAGAUUGUUGAAGACUGGAUAUGGGUAUAGUGGUCUUUUCAAGGCGGCAGAUAAUCUGAAGAGAUCACUAGGGAAAGCGCAGUGCAGCAUUGACCCUAUAUCUUUGAAAACGGCUUGUGCAAGCAGGCUUAUAGUUCAUCCUGCGAUUUUGGACUCGGCAUUCCAAACCCUGCUGCUCGCUCUUAGCCAUCCUGGCGAUAAUCAACUCUGGACUGUUUUCAUCCCUGUACGGUUCGAUUGUAUUCGUGUUGUACCUUCUUUCUGCCAGUCUGUCUUGCCAGCGAAAUGUAUCACGACCAAGUCGGCUUCACCCAUGACCGUGAAUACGACAAUUGUUGGGCCAAGUGGGUUAGGCUUUUUGGGGGAUUUGGAUGUGCUCAUUGCAGCAGACACAGCAAUUCAGGUACAGGGAGUCACUCUUUCUCCGUUUGCAACAGGAUCUGCAGAGAGCGACACAAAUAUGUUUGCUCGAAUGCGAUGGAGUUACUUUGACCCUGUGGCCGGAGGUAUCGCCUUAACAGACGACAUCUCGUCGAAACAUCGCGAUAUCUGCCGCGUUGUCGAGCGAAUGGCAGUCUACUACAUGCGCAUGUUCAUUUCAGAAGUCCCAAAUGGUCAUGCUGCACGAUUAGAUCCAACAUUCAGUCAUUAUCUAAAGUACUGCCAAGAUGUGGUCGAUCUCGUCGAUAGUGGAAAACACAGAUACGUCUCGAUAGAGUGCGCAAAUGAUUGCUGGAAUGACAUUGAGUCCAUCUGUGCUCAGUACUCGGAACUGAUAGACAUAAGAAUCCUUCGGAAAAUAGGGGAAAUCAUGCCCAGUGUCUUCAAAGGCGAGACUACUGUUCUAGAGCAUGUCUUUCCGUCAGGCCUCUUCGCAGAUUAUUACGCCAAUGCUAUAGGCCAACAGGAAUGUGUCGAAUGGAUAGGUCAGGCAGCAGCACAUAUAAUGCACCGUUAUCCAAGGAUGAACAUUCUCGAGGUAGGAGCAGGGACGGGUGGCGCAACCAAGAGCGUUCUCCGGAAGGCUCUACACGAGAGUUUCAACUCGUAUACAUUUACAGACGUUUCCACAGGAUUUUUUGAGCAGACCCGAGGUGAACUUAACAGCUUAGGCCUUGACAGCCGUAUUAUAUUCGAUGUCUUGGAUAUAUCUAAAGACCCUAUCUCUCAGGGAUUCAAAUACGGUUCAUACGAUCUUAUUAUUGCAUCAUAUGUUAUCCAUGCCACCCCUAAGCUUGAGGAAACUUUGCGUGGGUUGCGCAAUCUGCUUCGGCCCGGAGGGUUUAUUGUCAUUGGCGAGAACACAAACCUGGAGUUGUCUGGGAUGAACUUCAUUUUUGGUACUCUGCCUGGUAUGUGGGCUGGAGUCGAAGAAGGAAGGACAUCGUCUCCAUAUAUUCCUGUCCAACGUUGGGACAACCUGUUGAAGAAAGCAAAUUUCUCCGGAAUCGAAGCUGUUACGCCGGAAUUUCUGGCCGAUACUUUUGCGACCAGUGUCUUUGUUUCACGGGCAGUGGAUGACCAUAUCGAACUUCUACGCGGUUCAAAUGCUCCAUUGCCAAUUCGUCCUUCUCUUCCGAAUGUGGUAAUCAUUGGAGACGGUAGUAAGAACACAACAAUACUAGCAAAUGAGGUCUGCGAAGCUCUAAGGAACUCCUACGGAACAACUUCGAAGAUCUUCACUCGCCUGACAGAUGUGCCAAGUCAUAUCCUCUCUUCAGACACAACGUUUCUUAGCCUUGCAGAGUUAGACAAACCGUUAUUCGAGAACAUAGAGACCGAUCAAUUUGAGAGUUUCAAGAUAUUGGUUGGAUCACAGAAGAGAUUGCUUUGGGUGACGCGCGGGCGCCGAGCAACAAAUCCAUUCUGCAACAUCAGCAUCGGUUUCCUGAGGACUGCUUCAUGCGAGGUCCCCGAUCUAUGCGUACAAAGUGUUGAUUUCGAGUGCGGAGACAAUAUCUCUGCGACUAUGAUCAUAGACUUCCUAGUUCCAUUCAAAUUGGCUUCUGAUCUUGAAGGCAGCUUGGAAAAGUCCAACAUUCUAUGGACUAAUGAACCUGAGAUAGUAGUGGAUUCUAAGGGUGUUCGCUUAAUUCCACGUUGGGAGUCUAUAUUAGACGCGGAUAAGCGGUAUAAUUCAGCACGACGCCCGAUCUCAGAAUUGACUGAACCUAAAAAAACACCUACCGCAGUGUGUAUGGAUGCGAAUGGUCAUUUCAUCUUCAAACAGACACCAACUUUGUUGCCCCUCUCGUCAGAGACCAUGUUGGACUCAACCACUCUAGAGACUGUUUACAGCCUUCUUUGGCCAAUCGAUACUCCGUUUGGCUCACGUUUUAUGUCGGUGGCUGUCAUCUCAGGAAAGAGAUGCCUCGCCUUAACUGAAACACUUGUUUCUGUUCAGAGGUCUGCAAAUAUGAUCGCUUCCGCGGAGUUUCCUGAACAAGCAACGGAGGGUGAGCUGAAGGAUAUCUUGAUCCUCGCUGCUGCUCAUGUGUGGUCUUCAUUUCUCCUUCACGCUGCAUUUCCCGGUCAAAAUGUCGUCGUUCACAACCCUGCUCCUCUUCUGGCAACCGUCUUGCAGGCCCAUGCCCGUGAACGACGUAUCAACAUUAUACUUACGUCAAGCGAUUCUGACGUGGCUUCGUCUAAGUCAUGGCUGCACCUGCCGUCAUACAUGACACGAAGGGAAAUACAACGGGCUCUGCAAGUAGCCCGAAUCUCGGACUUUAUACUAUUCAGUGAUCUUGAUGAUGACAAUAACAAUAGCUUCAUGUCUUCUCUUCCGUCUGAUUGUCGCGUAAAGGAAGUAAGACUCAACCUUUCCAAAGACAUAGAUCAGUCGCCGGCUCCUGAGCAGCCAGACCGACGUCUUGAGACCGAAACAAUGCACUCAGCACUAUCGAUGGCUUUGACUAAAGCAUACCAAGCUAGAUCGUCUCCGAUUUCCCAGGAUCUACCACGCCAAAACAACUUACUCAAGUUCUCUAGCUUAACAUCUGAAGGGAGCCUCCCCAGUCACAGCGACCUCUUUUCUUGUUUCCAAUGGGAUGAUGAACCUUUGUCGGCUUACAUCUCUCGACUUGAUAGCGGUCUUCUUUUUGAUUGUAACAAGACAUACUGGCUCGUUGGACUCUCUGCCGGGCUUGGACCAUCUAUAUGCGAUUGGAUGCUCGCUCAUGGUGCGAGAUACGUCGUUCUCAGCAGUAGAAAUCCCAGAGUCGAUGAAAUAUGGCUACAGGGGCAUGAGCGCAACGGUAUUGUCAUCAAAAUCUUCCGUUGUGAUGUCACCGCCCAAGAUGCUGUCCAGGACACCUACUCUAGAAUCGCUACAGACGAGCAACUUCCUCCGCUGGCUGGCGUCAUAAAUGGUGCUAUGGUCCUUAAAGACAACCCAAUCAGAAAUAUGAGCACCAGCGACCUUAAUGAUGUACUGCAGCCUAAAGUCAAUGGCAGCAUAAAUCUUGACCGCGUCCUUGCUGAUUCGAAGCUUGAUUUCUUCAUAUUUCUUUCCUCCAUGGUCAACGUUCUUGGAAACGUAGGUCAAGCAAACUACUGUGCUGCAAAUGCAUUCAUGUCUGCGUUGGCUUCCCAACGACGGCAAAGGGGUCUAGCUGCGCAGGUUGUCAAUAUAGGAGCAGUUUCAGGGGCAGGCUACAUCACUCGGGAGCUUGGUGACGCAGGAGUACAUAGGCAGCUGAUGAUGCUGGGACUGAAGAUGAUAUCUGAAGGUGAUUUGCACCAACUACUGGCAGAAGCCAUUGCAGACAGGCCAAAAGAUUGGAAUGGAGGCUACGAUACUGACAUCGGCUUCGCAUUGCAGCAAAGCGAUAGCAGUGAUAUAACACCUUUGUGGCACGACAAUCCCAAAUUCCAGCGUUUUCUCCCAAAAUCAACGAUUCAAGAUACAUCCGAUAUGAGCUCGGGCACAGCUCUCAGUGGUAAAAGUGUGAGAGAUAGAUUAGCAAUCUCAAGAUCUCGAGAAGACAUCUGGUCAAUUGCCAAGGAGACGCUACUAUCAAAGAUCCAAUCCAGUCUACAAAUAGAAGAUUGCGACGAUGCGUGUAUGACAAUGCGUAGCAACCAAUUGGGGAUUGACUCGCUUGUUGCAGUUGACUUAAGGACAUGGCUUUUGAAUAACUUUCAAGUUAACAUCUCAGUACUUGAAAUUCUCAGUGGUAUCACUAUAGGCGAUAUCGUUGACCGAGUCAGCAUUAGUGUACCGCCUGAGCUGGUUCCAAAUGUCAACCCAAAGCCUCACUCAUCGGAAUCAGAGGCUGGAUUUGCUCCUGGCACAAGCCCGGUCGAGGCGCAAACAUCUGUAGUUCCGAAGACUGAUGAGGACUCCGCAUUGCCUAUGGUGCACUCGUCACCAUCAGUACAAAAGACUUCUCCGCUCUCUUCCUCUCAAUCCAUGUUCUGGGUGGUUCAAAACCUCGUUGAGGAUAAAACGACACUCAAUCAUACUGUUCUAUUUAGCCUGGAAGGAGCCCUAAUCAGAAAGAAUGAUCUCAAUGUCGCUGUAAGUGCUUUGGGUCAGCGCCAUGAGGCGCUACGAACCUCUUUUUCGGAGAGAGAUGGACAGCCGCUGCAGCACGUCCUCAAAUCAAGCACACUUAAGAUGGAAGAAGGAAGAGUUCUGGACGAGUAUGAUGCUAAACAAGAGUUCGAGCGAGCCAAGAGUCACAUCUUUGAUCUUGCUUCGGGAGACGUCAUGCGCUUCAUUCUCCUGACCACUCCAUCACCACAAAGGAGUUACAUCAUAAUCAGUGCGCACCAUAUCGUUAUGGAUGGACUCUGUCUUCAGGUUUUCUUACAGGAUAUUGAAGAAACGUAUAAUACUGGUCGCGCGGUGCGCGACUCGGGGUCCUCUCUUGUCCGGCAAUUUGCUGAGUUCGUUACUUCACAGCGAGAGGCCUUGCAAAAUGGCUUAUGGGAUGUCGACCUUGCUUACUGGCGAGGGGUAUUUGGCAGCAGUCCAGCACCUCUACCAUUGACACGUGCCCGAGUCUCAUCCAGGAAACCUCUAACUGAAUACGCGGUCCAUCGCUGCGAUAUUAACAUUGAUAAAACCCUUGCCAACAAGAUACGGGCAAUCGGGCGUGUAUACGGGACGACGCCCUUUCAUUUUUACCUCACUACUUUUCGUGUUCUACUGUAUAGAUUUCUUUACUCUGGACGUGACGAGAAUACAGACAGUGGCUCGCUUUUGGCAGACUCUGAUAUAUGCAUUGGCAUCGCCGACGGCAACCGCAAAGACGACAACAUCCUGAGAAGUGUUGGUCCGUACAUGAAUCUACUUCCAAUCAGGUUCGGACCCACGCGAGCCCCAACUGACGCUACUCCUUUGUCAACAUUUGCUCAAGAACUGAAGAACGCUUGUGACAAAACAUUAGAGGCCUUGAGGCACUCUGCUCCUUCUUUUGAGGCAAUCCUAGACUAUCUUCGGAUCGAUCGUGCAGUAGAGUAUGCUCCUCUCUUCCAGGCUUUCCUGAACUACAGACAGGGUUGGAACCACGGACAAGUCUUUCUCAAUUGUUCUGCCGAAAUGCUGGAGUUCGAACCAGGUCGCGUACCGUAUGAUCUCAGUUUGGAUAUCAUUGACAACUCUGGCUCAAACCAAGGGACCAUGAUAUCUUUUAUGGGUCAGACCGCCCUGUAUUCCAUGGAGGAUGUUGCUACCUUUGCUCGUUGCUACACAGAGUUUCUAGAAGAGUUUUCAAAUUACCCCGAAGAACAUAUUGAUCAACCCGACUGGAGCUUUCCGAAGGCAGAAACCGAGCCGGCACUUCAAUUGGGAACAGGCCCUCGUCAGGAUAUGACCUGGUCUUUGACGUUGAUGCACCGCGUCAAAUCUAUCGUAAGUCAGUUUGGAGACCACCAGGCCAUAGUGACAGUUGGUGACCACAGCCGUGGCUCAUCGCUCACGUAUAAGCAACUCUGGAGCAAGGUUUCUCAGAUCGCUAACCAGUUGCUGUCUCUGGGAGUCACUCCAGGCAACCAUGUUGGCGUUCUACAACAUCCAAGCCGGGAAUCUGUGGGUUCUAUGCUUGCGAUCAUGGCGAUUGGCGCCGUAUACGUACCCUUAGACUGCAACCACCAUACCGCACGUCUGAGGACGAUGCUCUUGGAUUUCGGGCCGAGUGUUCUCCUUGUGGGCUCGUCAAGUCGCACGAAAGCUUCUGAAAUCGUCACAUCCUCGAACUUACAUGCAAUGCAUAUCAUCAAUGUCUCUGAGUUGGUAACAGAUGAAAGCGUCGAAUCUAUGGAUCUAGAGUUACAUGCAUCUCCUACAGCACCAGCUGUAAUUUUGUACACAAGUGGUACGACUGGUACACCGAAAGGAGUUGUGGUACCCCACUCCAGCUUAUGCCAUGAAAUUGAGCUCAACAGUCACAUAUACGGGGUAGAUUCUGACGUUGUAGUUCUUCAACAAAGCGCAUGUGGAUUCGAUAUGGCAGUACAACAAGUUUUCGUAGCCUUGGCAUACGGCGGUACAGCAUGCGUCAUCUCGAAUGAACUUCAUGGCGAUUCAUCAGCCAUCGCAGAGGCUAUGGUCAACUACAAAGUGACAUUCACAUGUGCAACACCUACGGAAUAUUCUAGUUGGAUACGUUACGGCGCAUACAAGGCCCUUCAACAAUGCCAAUGGCGAGUGGCUAUCAGCGGUGGUGAAAGUGCGACCGAGGAGCUAUUGAGCGCUUUCAGACACCUUGGCAAGUCCGACCUGAAGCUUUUCAAUUGCUAUGGUCCGACAGAAACGACCUGUUGCUCUACACGAUUACAACUCGACUACCAGACAGAAGGAGUCUAUCAAGAGUACUCGAUGAUACCUGUGGGUCCAGCGUCAUCCAACGAAGUUGUGUACAUCGUAGAUGAUAACAUGCGGCUCCUUCCAACGGGACUUCCGGGUGAGAUCGUAAUCAGUGGUCUGGGUGUCACGGCAGGAUAUCUUAAUGAUGGUGCAAAGACAAAACAGUCUUUCAUUCCCGACAAGUUCUUCCAACAGGUCUCUGGUACAGAAGAAAGACCUUUGAUGUAUCGAACAAGAGACCGUGGGCGUCUGUUGAAGAACGGAUGGAUCUCGAUCGAAGGACGUGUUGAUCAAGACACGAUGAUCAAGCUUCGUGGUGUGCGUGUCGAUCUCCAGGACAUCGAGCAGACAAUUAUGAAAACUGCACCCAAGGAUACAAUUUCUCAUGCCAUCGCGAGUCUCAGAUCGGACGAGGAGAGUUCGAAGUACAUUGUAGCUCAUGUGGUCUUCGCAUCAAGAGACCUCAAUGAUAGCGCUGAGAGAACUUCAUUCCUAUCGCUGCUUCGCGAAAAUCUUCCUCUGUCGAGACCUAUGCUUCCGUCGGUAGUACUACCUCUGGAUAAAUUGCCACUAACAUCUUCGGGGAAACUUGAUCGGCGUUUCGUCCAACAGCUUCCGAUAGAUAUGUUAUCGCAGACCCCGGGGAAUGGGCAGGACAGCGAUCAGCGACCACAGAGUACACUGGAAACCAAAUUGAAAUUGAUAUGGACUCAAGUCUUAUCAAGAAGAGAGGUUAGGGAUAUUGAUCCAAUGACCAUAACUGCUUCGACGAAUUUUUUCCAUAUCGGUGGCACAUCGUUAUUGCUCCUAGAAGUGCAAAGCAAGAUUCAAAAAGAUCUCGGCAUACCUGUCCAACUUUACAAGCUUUUCGAAUCGAGCACCCUUCUUGAUAUGACACAGUUGAUAGCACUUCAGGGUGAGGCUUUGGUGCCUUCGAACACACCUAGUGAUGAGAUUGCUAUUGACUGGGAAAGGGAAGCGUCUUUGCCGCGAGAGCUGCAAGAUGAGAUCAUUCGCACGAAUCUAGACCAGGAACAGUCUCUUUCUCAGUCAACAAACUAUCCACCUAGAGUUGUACUUCUCACAGGCGCAGCGGGGAGCUUAGGUCAACGCAUCCUCCACCUAUUGCUCGAGAAUCCUGCUGUGGAGCAAGUCUUCUGCGUAGCUCUACGGCGAGUAGAUGAACGGAUAUCGUCAGGAACUCUACCAAGAAGCGAAACAGGGCGCGUCACCUAUUAUGAGGGUGAUCUUCGACUUCCUCGCUUAGGGUUGUCAGUGGAAGAUUUCGCACUGCUCUCUAAGACACUCGAUGUGAUUAUUCAUGUUGGCGCGGAUGUCUCGCAUGCAAAAACAUACCAUACCUUAAAGGAAGCCAACGUAGGCUCUGUCGGUGAGCUCCUCAAGAUGUCUCUGCCUAGAACAGCAACAAUACAUUUUGUCUCGAGUGGAGAAGUAGCUAUGCUUGGCGCAAGCUCAAUACACUCUCACGGCUCUGAAAGCGAUCUGCAAGACUGCAGGAUCUUCAGUGAAGAAUCUGUGGUUACUAAUGGCAUCUUUCCACAGGCUCGUGAUGCUGCGCAUGAGGGAUAUGCUGCGUCCAAAUGGGUCGCUGAAAGGAUGCUUGAAAACGCUUUCUCUAGCGGAGCCAAAGGUCGUGCUUGGAUUCAUCGACCUUCGAGUAUUAUACCUCCAAGCAAGGAGAAUGUUUCAGAUUCGGACGUGUAUGCUCAGGAGAUUGCGACGUUUUACCAAGGAGCCAGCGCUCCGUUGCUGCAAAGCUUCCUUUACUACUCACGCAAGCUCGGUCUAAUACCUACCAAGGACAGACUUCUCCGAGGAUCUCUAAAUUUGGUUGAUAUGGAUACGGUUGCGAGGAACAUCAUGAAUACAAUCUUCCUGGAGCCAUUCAAUGAUGCCAAUAUGCGGAGUUCGCUCUCUAAUCAGCAAGUCAUGCAUCGAAAUCAUAUAGGCCAACAAAAUCAUGCAGUCGAGGAUAUGGAAGAUUUGCUGUUAAUGUCCAAGACAUUGACACCUAUCAUCAAGGCUACAGAGUUCAGAGCCACUACUUUGGCAGAUUGGGAUCGCUUUCCAUUCAGCCUUGUUCCAUUGCUCGAUGCUGGAUCUCAUCGUCUCAUCAAGAUGGCACAAGAAUCCGACUUCAUGACUGAAGUCUUCACUGAGCUGGCCAUAGCAUUGCUCGCCAUUGUGUUUCGAGUGUAUGCUCCGGGCCGGUCGCAGGGGUUCCGUAACCUACAAAGCGACGACUACUUUAUGAUGUUUGCCGGGUACCCGAAGUGGCGGCAGCCUACUAUGUCAAUCAUUUCAAAGGAGUCUCCAAGCAAGUUGCGAUUGGGUAAAAAGAAAUCAGGGCCUUACUCGGUGCGAGACAUCACCCAACAUGACGAAAAUUACAGCACACAGUGGAUCAACUCUAUCCAGUCUCACCUCUCAACGACUACUGAUGACAAUGAAAUAUCCGACAGGCUGGACAGCACGCAAAUCGAUCAAAUGAAGACUUGCUCGGCAGAAAUUGAUGGAGCUCUGGGACCUCCUACUUCCAAGCUGUGGACUAGUGCUGAAGGUGAUGAUCUAGCUCAUCAACAACAACAGCAAGAUGAUCAGGGCAGCAUAGGGGUGAUAACAUGCAUACAAAUUAACGGAGCUGAGACUCUCAAUGAAUUUGAGCGUGGCCAAGUGGGAUUUUACUGGUAA